GUGGCCUCGGGAACGGGGUCCCCGAAACACCUGGGUGUACCCUACUCCGCUCCCACCGAUCCCUACGGCGUGGGGACCUUUUAACUCAUGCCGUGGCCCCUAAGGUCUUAGGACUGCGCAGCCUUUCGAGGUCCUGGGUAGCAUUGCCCUCCCUUGCAGAGUCUUGGGACCCUGGCAUCUUAAACCACCCCCCUCAAAACCUCCACAAAAAAAAAAAACAAAAAAAAAACACCCUCUCUGCGGCCGGGAGAGGUAUUAAAGACUUCAACUCCCAGUAGCCUUCGCAGCACCAGGCCGGAUCUGACACCCCUUCUCACCACCGCCCGGCGCGCGUGGGGACCGGUCCGCAGCCCCUGAUCCGCCCUGCAGCCCCCAUGGGCUGCCGCCCGCCGCCGCCUCGGGUGCGACCCAGGACCAGGCAGGGAUAAGCGCAGCCCCAAUUCGCCCUCCCCAUUCCCUUAGGCUCUGCUCCUCGCCUCUCUCCCUCCCUCAACUUUGCUCCACUCUCCCCAGCCACCACCACACCUGCCCCUCUUCUGUGCCCCGCUUCGCCAGCUCCCUGUCCGUCCCAGUCUGGCGCCUUCGUGUACUUUCCCACCCAAGCCCCUCCGCAUACCGUUCCUGCUGCCUGAAUGUUUUUCCUGGCUCAGCCCCACUGCCCACUGCUCAAGGUGGGCUCUGUCUCGUCCCCUGCAUCCCAGGGAGCCCAUGCUGAUCGUCUGUCCCCGGUCCUUGGGGACACAUCCUCCAGCUGUGUUUCUUUUAAGCUACUUCUCCUGGCCUUCCAGCAUCUCGUUUGUUGGUGUGUGUUGGCUUUCUGGUUUGCUCUUGGUCCCUGCUGCUCUGAUUGGGGCCCCAGGAAGUCAGGGCACCCUGGUCCUUUCUUUCCUGCUGUAUCUGCCACAGCCCACACAGUGCCUGGUGCCUAGCUGACACUCGGUGGAUGUUUGUUGAAUGAACGAGUGAAUGAUGUGUGGCAUCACCAGGUGUGUCUUCCCCUAAGUCUGUCCCUUCCCCUGUGUGCCCCUAACCUUUGACUCCUUAUCUGCCUGUCCCUUUAUCUGUGCCUCCUGCCUGUCCCUCUGCUGCCUUCCCCAGCGUCCCCGUUCUCUGUCCCCCUGUCCACUCAUGCCCAUCUCUGCCCCGUUGGUGUGUCCAACCCUGUUCUUCUUUUCUUGCCCACCCACACUCUUGGCCCUUGUGUCUCUCGGCUCCUGAUUUGCUCCUUGCCUUCCCUCCCCCCAAUAUCUGUCCCCUCGUCCCUCGUCCCUCUUGCUCUACUUUCGGCCCCUGAUCUGUCCAUCCCUCCUCUGUUCCCUCGCCCAUCCUUCUCUCUCUCUCUCUCUCUCUCUCUCUCUCUCUCCCUCCCUCUGCCCACUCUCCACACCCCUGCUCCCCUCCUGCUCCAUUCCCUUCCCUUCUGCACCUCGCCCCGCGCCUCCCAAGUACAGGACCAGGCGGCCACCAUGUCUGGAGACUACGAGGAAGACCUCUGCCGGCGAGCGCUCAUCCUGGUCUCAGAGCUCUGUGCGAGGUUCCGAGACACUGACACCAGAGACAGAUGCCAGGAGUUCAACAGCCGGAUCCCCGGCUACCCCCGGGGCCCCGACGCAGACAUUUCUGUGAGUCUGCUGUCGGUCAUCGUGACCUUCUGUGGCAUUGUCCUUCUCGGCGUCUCCCUCUUCGUGUCCUGGAAGUUGUGCUGGGUGCCCUGGAGGGACAAGGGCGGCUCUGCGGUGGGCGGCGGCCCCCUGCGCAAAGACCUGGGCCCUGGUGUGGGGCUGGCAGGGCUGGUGGGCGGCGGACACCUGGGCACCGGCCUGGGCGGGCACCCUCUGCUGGGCGGCCACCACGCCCACGCCCACGCCGCCCAGCACCCGCCCUUCGCCGAGCUGCUGGAGCCGGGCGGCCUGGGGGGCUCCGACCCCCCCGAGCCCUCCUACUUGGACAUGGACUCCUAUCCCGAGGCUGCAGCCGCCGCUGUGGUGGCUGCCGGGGUCAAACCGAGCCAGACGUCGCCUGAGCUGCCCUCCGAGGCCGGGGCGGGCUCGGGGCUGCUGCUGCUGCCGCCCAGCGGUGGUGGCUUGCCCAGCGCCCAGUCGCAUCACCAGGUCACAAGCCUCGCACCCAGCACCAGGUACCCAGCCCUGCCUCGGCCCCUCACGCAGCAGACCCUGACUACACAGUCAGACCCCAGCAGUGAGGAGCGGCCACCCGCCCUCCCCCUGCCUCUGCCCGGCGGUGAGGAGAAGGCCAAACUCAUCGGCCAGAUCAAGCCGGAGCUGUACCAGGGGACUGGGCCAGGUGGCCGGAGGGGCGGCGGAGGCUCAGGCGAGGCGGGGACCCCCUGCGGCCGCAUCAGCUUUGCCCUGAGGUAUCUGUACGGCUCCGACCAGCUGGUGGUGCGGAUCCUGCAGGCCUUGGACCUCCCGGCCAAGGACUCCAAUGGCUUCUCAGACCCCUACGUGAAGAUCUACCUGCUACCCGACCGCAAGAAGAAAUUUCAGACUAAGGUGCACAGGAAGACCCUGAACCCCGUCUUCAAUGAGACGUUCCAGUUCUCGGUGCCCCUGGCUGAGCUGGCCCAGCGCAAGCUGCACUUCAGCGUCUAUGACUUUGACCGCUUCUCGCGGCAUGACCUCAUCGGCCAGGUGGUGCUAGACAACCUCCUGGAGCUGGCUGAGCAGCCCCCCGACCGCCCGCUCUGGAGGGACAUCAUGGAGGGUGGCUCGGAAAAGGCAGAUCUUGGGGAGCUCAACUUUUCACUCUGCUACCUCCCCACGGCCGGGCGCCUCACCGUGACCAUCAUUAAAGCCUCUAACCUCAAAGCGAUGGACCUCACGGGCUUCUCAGACCCCUACGUAAAGGCCUCUCUGAUCAGCGAGGGGCGGCGUCUGAAGAAGCGCAAAACCUCCAUCAAGAAGAACACGCUGAACCCCACGUACAACGAGGCGCUGGUGUUCGACGUGGCCCCCGAGAGCGUGGAAAACGUGGGGCUCAGCAUCGCCGUGGUGGACUACGAUUGCAUCGGGCACAAUGAGGUGAUCGGCGUGUGCCGCGUGGGCCCCGAGGCCGCCGACCCCCACGGCCGCGAGCACUGGGCCGAGAUGCUGGCCAACCCGCGCAAGCCUGUGGAGCACUGGCACCAGCUGGUGGAGGAGAAGACUCUGACCAGCUUCACAAAAGGCGGCAAAGGACUAUCAGAGAAGGAGAACUCAGAGUGAGGGUCUGGCCUGGGCCGGAGGUCUGACCAGGCCCCCUCAGGACCGGACCCCAUCCUUUCCUGCCCGGACCGAGAACUCAUCUCCUCGAAGCCAUAGCGUCCGAGCUGCUGGUGCAGGGCUGCCCUGGGCCCGCCUCUCCUUCCUGGACUCGUGUGGGUGGGCAGUGGGCAGCCCAGCGCCGUGGUUCAGGGUGGGGGGCAUUUAGCCUCCACUGUCUGUCUUGUCUUCCCUGGGGCUCCCCCUUGGGGCAAGGGACCGUGCAUGUCUGGGAGACUCCUUCCCCUCCCCUCCGUCUCUGUCUCUUCACUGUUGUCCAAAGCCUGGUCUCCCAGUUCUUGUUCUCACCGUGAAUGUCACCAGACCAGCCCUGUGUCCCCAGACACACACACCUGUGUCCCCUACUGUGUUCACCAGCCCCCGAGUCUGGCCGACCCCCUACCCCCACCCCGCUGCUGCUAACAACGCCAGAAUAAACACUCCGUGGGUCUCACCA